GCCUUUGCCAAAAGUCACAGCAAAACAACAAAUACUUAAGUACUCGAGAAAUUUUUGGUUAGAGACUUCAAAGCAUGGCCAAGGCAUUCUUUGUCAGCGAGGACAUGGAGCUGGCCCAGCUCCUACUUCACGAGGAUAACGCUUUCAAUUGCCUCGUCGAGGUAGGCCACACGGGCGGACUGCAAUUCAACAACGUGUACGAUGAGGAUCGCCUGAUCAACGGUAUGUACACAUCGAAGGUGAAUCUCUGCUAUGAAUUGCUGCGCUACAUCGAGUAUCUGGAGGCGCAAAUGCCUGGUCUGGAAAUUGUGCCCACCUACUAUGCAGCAGUGGAUACCGAGGAUCGUCCAAGGGAGUCGCAAAUACCCAUCUACGAUAGUCAUUUGCGUCGCAUGAACACCGAGAUGCGUUCGGUGAUGGAACACUACAAUACACUCGAGCGACGUCACAACUAUUUGGUCGAGAAACGUUAUGCACUGCAGAGGGCGCAAAAGAUUCUGCUGUCUGAUGGACCGCAAAGCGCUGAGCUGCUGUUCACGGAGAGCACAAUGAUGGAUCUUCUGAAAGAUCAGUCUGAAGCAAUGCCAAUUAGUUCGCAUCUCAACUAUUUGCUGGGCAGCAUUAAUGUGGAGAAAUUUCAGGCGUUUGAACUUAUGUUGUAUCGACUCUUUGGUCGCAAUCUCCUCGUGCGCCGUGCCGAGAUGCCAGAGCGUGUCUAUGAUCAGGUGGGAGCCAAGCGGGAGUUGGUCCAUAAAUUUGUGGUGCUGCUAAUGACCAUAUCUGCAACGAUUCGUCCCAAGCUGCUCAAGUGCUGUGUCGCCUUCCAUGUGACCAUCUUUGAGUGCCCCGAGACGUCCAGUCAGCGGCUGCGUAUGAUCGAGCAGCUGGAGCGCGAGGCAAACGAUGUGGAUUUGGUGCUCUCCGAGACGCGAGUUGUGCGCAAAAAAAUGUUGCUUACGGCCUCCAAAUUGACCUAUUCCAUGCGCAUCAAUCUCUAUAAGGCCAUGAAGGUCUAUGAUCUGCUGAAUCGCAUGAGUCCGGUUGGAGCGCAGGAGCAUCAGAAGUAUCUGCAGGCCGAGUGCUUUGUGCCCAGGUCACAGGUGGGCGAAGUGCGUGCCGCCUUGAAUCGUGGCUCACUCAUCGAUGCCGGCGAUGCCGGCGGCUUGAAUCCUCCACCGUUGCUGCUGAUGCGUUCUCGCAAAGCGCAGCAUGUGCCGCCCACACACUUCAGACUUAACAAAUUCACACAAGGCUUUCAGAACCUCAUCAAUUCGUAUGGCAUGGCGGACUACAAGGAACUCAACCCUGCUCCCUAUACAAUCAUCACAUUUCCCUUUCUGUUUGCCAUUAUGUUUGGAGAUCUUGGACAUGGCUUGAUACUCAUAUUGUUUGCCAGUUUUCUCAUUUUCCGCGAGAAACGCAUCGAAGAUUCGGCGCGCAUAGCAGAAAGCGAGAAUGAGAUAUUGAAUAUUCUCUUUGCUGGUCGCUAUAUCAUUCUCCUGAUGGGCAUCUUUUCGGUCUACGUGGGCUUCAUCUACAACGAUGUGCUGGCCAUGCCCAUGAAUAUUUUUGGCUCCAGCUGGAGCUGUGUCUAUAACACAAGUACCGUGCAAAAGAUCACUGCUGAGCUGGGCUUGGAUCCAAAUGAUCCGAAAUUCUAUUCAGGUCAUCCGUAUCCUAUUGGCGUCGAUCCCAUUUGGAAGAUCAGUGGCGAGGAUGCGAUCACCACUUUCAACUCGCUGAAAAUGAAACUCGCCAUCAUUUUGGGCAUUUCACAGAUGAUGUUCGGCUUGGCGCUGGCCGCCAUCAAUUGCGUGCGGCACAAGCAGAAAGCCGAUCUGCUGCUGGUGGUGAUACCGCAAUUUGUAUUCAUGACUUGUUUGUUUUGUUACCUCGUCUUUCUCAUCUUUCUGAAGUGGCUCACCUAUGGCGGACUGAAGCAAUCGCCGUACAACUCCGCCUGCGCUCCGUCUGUGCUGAUCAUCUUCAUUGACAUGAUGCUGAUGAAGACAUCCGAAGUGAAUUCUAAAGGUUGCAACGAAGGCAUGUUUCCAAAUGAGCGCCUGGUCGAAUAUGUCCUCGUGCUGAUCGCCUUUGCUGCUGUUCCCGUUCUGCUGGCCGGCAAGCCCAUCUAUUUGAUGCAACGCCAGAAGAAGCUGAAGAAGCUACGCGGCGAACGCGAUCUCAAGGCACUCAAUAAAAAGGGACGUCAAACUCUGAUGGAGAUGCGUUCGCCGCCUAAGUAUGAUGAGCCGCGCAAGAGCGACGAAGUCAAAGAAACGCCGCCAGCCGACGAUGAUGUCGAGUUCGAUCUGACGGAAAUCUGGAUACACUCGGGCAUCCAUACCAUCGAGAGUGUAUUGGGUUCGAUCUCCCAUACGGCAUCUUACUUGCGUCUCUGGGCUCUAUCGUUGGCCCACAGCCAGCUGGCGGAUGUGCUCUUCGAGAUGGUGCUGAACAAGGGCAUACAUAAUAAAUUGCCCAUCUAUGCCGCAGUGCCAGUGCUCGCUGUAGCCUUCUUCAUCUGGGCAGUGCUCACAAUUGCAAUACUGGUCAUGAUGGAGGGUCUUUCAGCAUUUCUGCACACGCUGCGUCUGCACUGGGUGGAGUUUCAGUCGAAAUUCUUUAAUGGCGCUGGUCACAGCUUUCAACCCUUCUAUUUUCCACCCUCCACCAUUCGCGGUUAGUUGGCAGUUUUCUUGGACUUUUCUCGCUUCAUUUUGUAUGUGUAAAAUUAAAAUGAAAGAAGAAAAAAUA